AUGCCCCGAAGGCCGCUCUUCAAAAUUCUUUGGGAUACAAUGUUUGGCGACAAUGCAUGGUUGAUCAUGACUGCUGUCAUUGGAGGAUUUUCAAUUUAUAUGCUCUUUAAAAAGAAAGAUACCCCACCGGACGAGCGGCGCAAACAAAUACUUUCCAACACCAAGACGGGUGACCCUUUAUUUAUCACCAGGUUGAACCAACACCAGUUUAAGGACUCCAAAGUGUGUCUUACAUGGGAGGUACUUAACGAGGGCGCGGGAUUUGAAUACUGUGGAAAAAAAUUCCUCGACCAAUGUGCCUUCAACAUGGAUGUUUACCUCAUGUGUCGCAUAGAAAGCCAAGAGGAAAAGAAUGAAAUUAUUAGAAUGCUCAGAUCGAUGAAAAUAUCUCGACACAAGGUUCUCUUCUGCGAAACUGCCAAAGGGUACGAUGCUUUCUGUCGGCAAAUAAAACCAGCGCUUCUGGUAACACACGACAAGGCACAGGCUGUUCGCCUGAAGAGUUUUAUUGCUCAUGUCGUGUAUGUAGGAGGGUACCCACUGGAGGGUGCUGUCACUACCUUCAGUACCCUCAGUUCGCUGUAUUCGGUGCUUUUUUUCUGA